AAGGGGGCGCCGUCUCGCUCGCUGCGCCCGGGGCAGGACGACGAGUUGAGCGCCGAUGGCGGCGGCGGCGCCGCGAUGAGUUUGGCGGAGGGCCGCGCUCCGCGGCGUACGGCCGGGAACCGUCUGUCGGGGCUGCUCGAGGCCGAGGAGGAGGAUGAGUUCUACCAGACCACGUAUGGCGGCUUCACUGAGGAGUCGGGCGAUGACGAGUACCGGGGCGACCAGUCGGACAGCGACGAUGAGGUGGACUCGGACUUCGACAUCGACGAGGGCGAGGAGCCGACCAGCGACCAGGACGAGAGCGAGCCCAAGCGGCGCCGCCGCGUCGUCACCAAGGCCUACAGAGAGCCCAUCAAGAGCCUUCGACCCAAGAAGGCCGACACCCCCAGCAGCAGCUCCCAGAAGACCCGAGAGGUGAAAUCAGUCCCCCUGGAGCUCCAGGAUGAAGUGGGAGACAGCCGGAAGCACAUGCGGCAGUCGACGACGGAGCACACGCGCCAGACCUUCCUGCGCAUCCAGGAGCGUCAGGUGCAGUCCAAGCGCAAGAAGGGCGGCCCCAACUACGACCGCCCGCUGACGCAGGAGGAGCUGCUGGAGGAGGCCAAGAUCACAGAGGAGAUCAACCUCCGCUCGCUGGAGAACUAUGAGCGCCUGGAGGCCGACAAGAAGAAGCAGGUGCAGAAGAAGCGGAAGUGCGUGGGGCCCGUCAUCCGGUACUGGUCCGUCACCAUGCCCCUCAUCACAGAGCUGGGCAAGGAGGAGAACGUGGAUGUGGAGGGGUUGGACCAAGACCCGCAGCAGGCAGACGCUGCCCCGGCCGUGGCUCCGGCCUCCAGCGGGAAGUGCUCCCGCACCUUCAUCUCCUUCACCGACGAUGAAACCUUCGAACGCUUCUUCCCCAAAGCGAAGGCGCCGCGGCUGCCGGUGCGGGAGAUCUGCCCCGUCACCCACAAACCGGCCGUGUACCGCGACCCCAUCACCGACAUCCCCUACUCCAACAUCCGCGCCUUCAAAAUCAUCCGCGAGGCCUACAAGAAAUACAUCACGGCCCACGGGCUGCCCAGCGCCGCCGCCGCCUCCGCCGCUCUGGGGGCCGCUCCCCCUGGCCCCGACCCCGGCCUCCGCGCCACGCGCCAGAAAAUCAUCAUCAAGCAGAGCGUGCCCACUGCCUGAGCAGCGCCCGGUCACGGCCCUCCCCGCGGGGUGACGGUUCCUCGUUCUAUUUAUCUGCUUUAUACUGCCGGUGUUCUGUUGUUUGUUUUUUUUUUUUAAUAAAAAAAGGAAAGAA